CGCAAAAUUUUGCCGCCAUUUUGUGAUUUUUAAAGGCGAGUCGAUCAGUUCUGUUGGUUUAUAUCGCGAAAAACAGCACUAAUAGCCAAGUUGAUAACGAUUCCUUCGGCCUGUAGGACAAGUAUACCCGUUUGAAGGAAAUCUGAAGAAAAUUGAAGCUAGCCCUUUGUCCAGUAGACUGGAAUUUCCGCUUGUUUGGGCGAGAGUGUUUUGGGAAUGCCCCCCUCCCACGGCGCAAAAUAACAAAUUAUUUUCAGCAAUAUUUAUACGUUCUAAGUGGUAAUCGUGAUGUCCGAGGACGAAGAUUUUGAGAUCCCGGCGAGUGAUGACGAGCUGGCGGCCUCGGAGAGCUGGGACGCCGAGCACAAGAACUACCAGAGCUGGGAGCCGCCGCCUGCUGACAUCGCGUCUCUGUACGAGAGGUUAGAAAAGGACGGAGUUAUCGAGCUCCAGAUGAAGUGUCUUCCCAGGAGAGCUCCAACACCUAAACCUGAGGAGACGGAGACUAAGGAGGACGAGAAAGAGGAGGAAAAGCCAGAAGAGACGCCGAGCAAAAAGCCAGCUGUUCCCUCCUUUGACUUUGAUGAGUUCUCAAUGGAGACGACACCUGCCAAGACAUUCACACCUACAAGGAGAACUCCAGGAAGUAGACCAACACCGAGAAGCGGUCAGCGAAGGGUGGCACGAAUGGACAACAUCAUGUCCUCCAUCAUGAGACACCGCAGGCAAGACCCCGAUGACACACCGGUCAAACCAUCCACCAGUAAAGACUCUGAGAAAAAGACUGACAACACCGAAGGAAAAGGAACUAAAAAAGAGGAACAGAAACAACCCGAGAAAGGAGAGGGAGAAAAAGAGGUACCCCCGGUGGUUAGUACAGAGAAUGUAAAACAGGAGCCAGUGGAGACACCCCCUGCACCACAGAGGCCACCAAGCAGAACCAGAUCUAGAAGAAAUUGACUCACCUGCUGACCAUUCAACUAUUGGUACACACGUACUGUCAUCUGAUGACAGUGGGCACAAAACUAUUCAUGAUCUCCCUUUUUACAGACCUCUUCUGGUCAGUAUACUAUAAGAACCAUUCCAGACCAGUGAGAUGCAAGCAUAUUGUAUAAGGCUUGUGUUUUGUAAAACACGGAACUUAAAAAUAAAGAUAUGUCAAGGAGAUACUUUU